AUGCGCACACAUUCAACAUGGCGGCGCUGUUUACAUUCUGUUCGCUGCUCCUUUGUUUAUUCUCAUAUUUGAAGGAAAUUACUGCUUUUAAACUUUUGUCUGAGCCUUGUUAUAAACCCAUUCAAGACAACAGGCCGGAUUUUGUGAGGACCCACAGCCGCCCUUCUGAGUACCUGUCCCCCUCGGACCUGCCUGAGUCCUGGGACUGGAGAAACAUCAAGGGAAAGAACUUUGUGAGUGUUACAAGGAACCAGCACAUCCCCCAGUACUGUGGCUCCUGCUGGGCCAUGGGAGCCACCAGCGCACUCGCAGACCGUAUAAACAUAAAGCGUGGUGGCUCAUGGCCCUCUGCGUACCUCUCCGUGCAGAAUGUGAUCGACUGUGGGCGGGCCGGGUCCUGCUAUGGAGGAGACCAUCUCCGGGUGUAUUCCUACGCCCACCAGAGAGGCAUCCCAGACGAAACCUGCAACAACUACCAGGCCAAAAACCAAAAGUGUGAGGAGUUUAACCAGUGCGGUACCUGCUCCUUCUUCCAGUCCUGUGCAGUGGUGAAAAACUACACCACAUGGAGAGUGGGGGACUAUGGAGAAGUUUCAGGACGAGACCAAAUGAAAGCUGAGAUUUAUGCUAACGGACCCAUAAGUUGUGCAUUGAUGGCGACUGAUGGCCUGGAGCAGUACACAGGGGGCGUGUUCUCAGAGUUCCACCCUCUGUCUCUGCCCAAUCACAUCGUGUCUGUGGCCGGGUGGGGCGUGGCCAAUGGAACAGAGUAUUGGGUCGUACGCAACUCGUGGGGAGAGUUCUGGGGUGAACAUGGAUGGGCACGGAUAGUCACCAGUGCUUACAAAGGAGGAAAAGGAAACUGGUUUAACUUAGGCAUUGAAAAGAACUGUGCUUAUGGAGAUCCCAUAGUGCCAUAGAUACUUCAUAUAGACUGGAGCUUAUUUCAAGUGCCAAUGGCUUUUUCUCAUUCAUAUUUAUAUAUUUGACAGGCAAAAGCACACAUAUCAAACAAAAUGACAAACUUGAAAGUAUUGAACUACAAGGAUAAAUAUUUUAGAUAUAUUUUAGAAAUAUCCUAUUUUAUGGUAUUUAGUUAUUUAUGAUUGUUCAUUUUAAAGUGGCACUAAAUUAACUUUUUUGCUACUAAACUCUGUACAUGAUGUGUUAAAAGCAUUAUCUACUGUUUUUGACAACCCAAAUGCAAACUAGUUCAAAAACUGGUGGUCAAAAACUCCUAAAUCUAAGUUAGUGCCGCCUUCACUGGCCUCUGUAACUCCCAGUAGUUGGUGACAUUACACAGGAUGUUUUAAAUGAGGAAAUUAUAGCACAUAUCAGAAAAUCAGACAAAUAAUAUAGCCCUUUUAACUGUAAAUCAUUCAUACUUGUUAUGUUUUUUAUAGGGCCAGUGUUAAAUGGAAUAGGUCAACUCAAAAUACAUAGAAUACAAUAUUUGUCCAAAAAUACUGGCCUUUAUGUGAACAAUGCUUAUGAUGUCCACACAGUCCCACACAAUACGAGAACUGGGGGAAAAAUGAACUAAACCAAGACUUUACCAUGAUUAAGCAAGGACCAGAGCCAAAUCAGUUCCACAUGAGGACUAUAUUGGGCUCAAACCAAAGCCAGAUCAGUGUGAAUAUACCCAUAAUUCCAGUUUCUUUGGAUGUGUUCUAGCUUUAAAGGCACUGUACCUGAUUUUUACUGUCUUCAAAACUUGAAAACCCGAGCUAGUUCAUUUUAAUUUCGAUUUGAUUUGCCUUCCUCAUAUCAUAAUAACUCACUGCGAUGAGUUAUAAGAGGUUUUGACAUCACAGUAAAGCUUAAAACGCUUUGUAAUUAGAUGCAGAGAGCACACAACAGUUUAUUUUGACCGUAAGAGCUGCUUUGACAAUAUAUCUGCACUGGGACAAGACACAUUUUACAGGAAAAAAAUGGGUACAACUCCAUAAGUGUCCCGUAAAUACCACAUACCAUUGUUACUUGUUGUUAUUGUUGUUACUUAUAUCAAGGCCUGAAAAUAUUAAAAUUCCAAUGCACAGAGGUGGGUAGAGUAGUAGUAAAGUUUUCCUCAAAACAGUGUUACUUCAAAAUAAUAUUACUCAAGUAGAAGUACUAAGUAAUGGUCAAAGAAAUUACUCAAGUAAGAGUGAAAAAGUAUACACAAGUAAAUGUAGCCGAGUAUUACCCCCCUCUGCUCGUGCAUUUUAAAAGUUAGAAUUAUGGAGUUAAAAAGUUGUCAGUUGUUAAAAGAACUGCAGUUUUUGACGUCAUGGCACAAGUGUUUUAAGGAAAACUAUUUGUCUUGUAAAUGACAUGAGAGGAUUUAUUUACAUUCAGCCUUACCUGCAUUCUGUUUGAGGAGAAACGAUCUCUGUGAAAUGCUGCUAAAACGAGGAUUUUACCAAGAAACAAGAUAAUUGUGUCGUAUCCACUGGUUUCAGAAUGAUGACUAAUUAUUCCUGUUGCUAUAGUAAAUAGCCAUUUAAAGGGGGUAAUAUUAUGUUGUUGUUUUUUUUAUCUUUGUUCUUAUAAUUCCGGGAGUCGUUUUGUUUCAUUCACACAUGUUUAACACACAAAUCCUGCAUAUUUAGGCUGUGUUCUUCUCUCAAACAGAAAACACUCCGUUCCACCUUGUGAUGUCAUUGAGUUGUCAUACAGGAAGCACUUCUCUGUGUUUUUAAACUUCACACACCUUCACUUGAAUCAUUUGAUCACUUGGUUAUCCUAGUGUAUUGUAGAGUGAAGCAGUUCAAUUGAGACUAAAAACUAUAACUACAUCUUAAUGACAUCACAAGGUGGAACAGUGUAUUUUGAGCUUUGAUGAUGUAGACGUCCCAAUAAUCCAGUGUUACUCAAACAUGUGUGAAUGAAACAAAACACAACUCCAGGUCUGUUUUUGAUGAGGGAACAGCAUUUUAACAUGACCAAAACCUUUUUGCGUAAUACAGGAUCUUUAAAACAAAAUGUAUCUUUUGAAUGGAGAAUGGUCUUCAAAAUGUCAUCUGCACAAACUGAAACCCAUGAAAGCAGAUUGAGAUAUUAUUUACUGACUAAUAUACAGUAACUGUAUUGUACAUUUUAUGAUGGCAAAUAAAACUUUAAUAGACAUUUUUUUUUUUUUUUUACAUUUUCUUGAAUGUGAAAAUUGAGCAAAAGAAACCUUAUGAAAAAAUGUAUUGACCCGGGAUUUAGUACAAUAUUCACAGCAAUUGGUUAACAGGGGAUAAGGCUGAUGGUUCAAAUCUCUUACCCUUGAGCAAGACACUCUGUAAUGUUUAGACCUCGCCAUAUUCCUGUCUGUGUACAGGCAGCCCCAUCCCGCACACAGUAUGAAUGCAUAUUUUUCUAGUUUUUUAGCAGUAAAAACGAAUGUAAGAGAAUAAAUGCAAGACAGGUAAGUGUUUAGGUGGUGUUAAGUUUAAACCUUCAAAUUAAGCAGUUUAGUGAAGCAGUUUUUGUAAAUGUAAAAGGAGUAAGAAGUCAGAGCACUUCACUCACAAAGCAUUUUGUGAUCAAUGCUCCAUUUAUACCACCUCUUAACAUUAUUAUCAUCAUGAAGUGCCAUCUUCAGCCAACAGUUUGGAACUAUAUAGGUGCACUAUGCCACUUUUCUGGUGGAGGGUAUGCCACAUGCUCGUCUCGACUGAGAUGUAAUAGAUUUUCCUGGGAUGUUCCUUAGCAUGGCAUUAAACUUAGGUCUGGCUGUUAAAGACACUGUUAAAGACGACAUACUGCGCUUGUUUCUGCUGUUAUGGCUUUCUUUACCCUAAAUCUUUACUUGUAUUGUUAUGGAUCUCUUUGACCUAACCCUCGUACUACCUGUUAUCUGUUGUUAUGCGAGUGUUUGUGGGUCCAGCGGCUUCGAGCCACUUGGACAACUGCAUGUAUUUUCAUUUGUCAGCUGAGGGUAAGACGACACUAUUAGGGACAACAGCUCUUUGUCUUUUGUGCACAAUUGAUUCAAUAAACCAGACUUUUUGAUUCAAGAC